AUGGGUUGUGGAUCUUCAAUAGAUGUACAAGAUGAUAAGACUACUUUCCUGCUAAAUCAAGCUAAUACUACAAUCACUGAUAAUGAUUCAAUCUAUUUAAUGAAAACAGAUACUAGUAACAGAAAAAUUACAGAGAAUGUAUAGGUUUUGAGAUAAAAAAAAUCAGGUAAUUUAUAUAUAUAUAUUAAAAGGGAAUUGUAUAAAUUUUUUAUCGACAACUUUAAUGAACCAUUUUAUCUUCUAUUCUUUAUCAGAUGAAGUUAUAAUGGGAAUAAUAAAUAAGAUGUUUUAUUGUUGUUUACGUAGUAAUACAAGUCUAUAUCCAAAAGACUGUGUUGCAUCAUGCUUUUUGAUAUUGGAAAGAGGGAAUUUAUAAUAUGAAGGAUAUUCUUUAUAAAAGGGUUCUACCAUUGGUGAAUUGUCUUUAUUGUUGCAUUUGGAGAAGCAGAAAAAUGUAUAAGCAAUGGAUGAUUGUUUUUUUUGGGGUUUAGAUAAGGGUACUUUCUUAAAUUCUUUGGAUUAUAUAAUGGCCAAAUAAUAUGUGUAAAAUAAAUAAUUCAUUACUGGACAAUCUUUCUAUUAAUUUUUGACUCCAAUGUAAUAGGAUGGAUUGGCUUAAAAUAUUAUAAUAACUAAAUAUAGACCAAAUACAAUUAUCGCAUAAGAGGGAGAGAGAGCAGAUUCAUUUAUAGUUAUAAAAAGUGGUUAAGCUGCAGUUUAUAAAGGAAAAAAGUUUAUUCGUUAUCUAAAACCUAGAGAUUGUUUUGGAGAGAAUUCUUUAUCAAUGACAACAAAAAGAAAUGCAACAGUUUAAGCAAUAAGUGAAGUUUAAUGUUUAGUAUUAACUAGAGAGAGAGUUAAAUAGAUAUUAGGGGAAGAUGUAAAAAAGUAAUUGUAAUAUGCUGUUAUUAGAUAAAUGUAAGUUAAUUUAAAUUAAAUUAGGAAAGAUUGAAAUAAUUAAAAACACCAAGUUUGGAAAUUGAAAAAUUAAUACCAUAAUUUCGUUUUCAUAAUUACAAUAAUGAGAUUUUUGAUAUUAAUGAAUUACAUGAUUAUUUAGUAAUAGUAGUUGAAGGAACUAUGCGUUCAGAAGAUAAAUAGUAUCAUAAAGGAGAUUUGGUAUCAGAUGUAUAUGAUGAUCAACAAUUCUAUUGUACUGGAACUUUAGCUAAAUUAGAUAAAGUUAAAUUAGAAUUAGAAGAUUAUGUUAUUGAGGAAAGUACUUAUGAAUUUAAAAGAGUUAGACCACAAUUUUCUGAAUUAAAUAAUUAAAAAUUAAUUGGUAAUAGUUCUUAUGGAACUUUAUAUAAAGUAGAAUAUAAGGGUGAAAAAUAUGUAUUACGUAAAAUCUCAAGAGAUAUUAUAUCAUAAUGGAAUUUAGAAAAAUAGAUUAAACAAGAACGAAAGAUUUUAGAAAUUAUCAAUAACCCUUUUGUAGCUAAUUUUCAUCAAUAUUAUUAAGAUGAAUAGAAUAUCUAUUUUUUAUAAGAUUAUGUUAAAGGGAAUAAUUUGGGGGAUUAUUUACAUUAGAAUGGAUUAUUAGAUAAGGAAAAAGCAUAAUUUUUAAUUUCUUAAAUGAUUUUGCUAUUGGAAACCUUUUCUAAUCUAUCAAUUAUUUCUAGAGAAUUCAAACCAAGUAAUUUCAUUAUUGAUAAAAAUGGAUAUAUAUAUUUAAUAGAUUUUAAAACCUCUAAAUAAGCAUAUAGAACACAUACUAUUAUUGGUAAUCCUCAUUAUAUGGCACCAGAAAUCAUAGAAGGCAAAGGUUAUACUACUUUUAGUGAUGUUUGGAGUGUAGGAGUUUGUUUAUAUGAAUUUUUAUGUGGUGGAGUUCCUUUUGGAGAAGAACAAGAUGUAUUUAUUAUUAAUAAUUUAGGAUCCUUAUAAAGUUUAUGAAGAAAUUCUCAAUUAUUAACUUAAAUAUCCUUAAUUUUAUAAGGAUUAAGUAGGUAAAGCAUUGAUGAAAUAGUUAAUGUCAUUAAAUGUCUAUUAAAGAGUUGGUUCAUCUUUUGAUGAAUUAAAAGCUCAUAAAUGGUUUACUAUCUAAUGGGAUUAAUUGUAACAUAAAUAAUUGAAAUUGAACCCAAAAAAAUAAGAUUCGAAUUUAAAGAGAUUAAACAAUGUUGAAAUGAUAGAGAGAUAUUGA